CCUCUCUCCGGGACAGGCAAGACCAAGAUGUGUUGCUUCUUCUUGACAGAGAUUGCGCUGGCUGAGCUGGAUCAGAUCAAUCUGAAGAAGCAGAUGGUUCUGAAGUUUGCAGCCAUCAUAGGGCCAGUGUUUACCACCCAGCAACUGGCUCACAUUGUUCCCAGAAGCAAAAGGCCAGGGAUUAAUUCCCUUCUGAACAUGCUGGUGGAGGACAACAUCCUGAAGCGACUGGACAACUUCAAGAAGCCAGAAGACAAGUCAGGUGCUACAGAGGGGCUUCCCACCUCUGCGCAGGCAGGCAGAGGGGUGAAGAGGCCCUCUGCCAGCAGGAAGACCAUGCAGCAGCAGCAGCAGCCUGAAAUCCUGGCCUUCUGCAACCCGCUGCUGUGGGAGGCAACUUACGAGCUGUGGCCCACGAGGCAGAAGGUCAGCAUUCACCGUGAAUGUGCCGCCUUUCCUGGAGAGGGCACGCACACAAAUGCCAGG